AAGCUUAUUUUAUGUCCUCUCUUACAGAAACAUGAGCUCUCAGGUGAGACAGAACUUCGAGGAGGCCUGCGAAGCGGCCGUCAACCGUCAGAUCAACAUGGAGCUGUAUGCAUCCUACGUCUACCUUUCCAUGUCAUACUACUUUGACCGAGAUGAUCAGGCCCUGCACAACUUUGCAAAGUUUUUCCACCAUCAGUCCCACGAAGAGCGCGAACACGCUGAGAAACUGAUGAAGUUUCAGAACCAGAGGGGAGGGAGGAUCUUUCUGCAAGACGUGAAGGUACAUCUAUAAUGUGUGUUCACGUGA